UUUCAGCUGUCUUCACGGAUGUCUCGUAAUUUAGCUGAACUCCGCCCCGCUCCCCUGCUCAGUGUUACGCAGCUAACACACCUAACAGCACCGCUCCACCGCUGACACCGUCGGGCCGGACAGCAGCAACAAUGGGGGUGAAAAUUAAAGUCGAAUACUGUGGUGGAUGAGGUUACGGACCCCGCUAUCAGGAGCUCGCCCGGGUUGUGAAGGACGAGUUUCCCGAUGCGGACGUGUCAGGCUUCGUGGGAAGACAAGGCAGCUUUGAGAUUGAAAUCAACGGGCAGCUGGUCUUCUCCAAGCUUGAGACGAGUGGCUUCCCAUAUGAGGAUGACGUCUUGAAUGCAGUCCAGAGUGCCCACGAUGGGAAACCUGUGCAGAAGAUCACCAAAAGCCGUGCACCAUGCGUCAUCAUGUAAACCUCCCUCUGUCCUACUGUAACAUCAGCAGCUUCUAGACAGGCCAAUGCAAACUGUAUACUACUGCCAGUUCCACCUCUGGUGUCAACCCUGCUAAAAUGGGUUGGGAUAAAACCACGCUUUGUACUAGCUGCUUUUGUUGAUGCAGAUCACCAAACUCUGCUCUGCCUUCUGGCUCCCCUCUCUGUUCUCAUUGUGGUGCUCCAGGCUGUUAAUGAUUACAGUAGCCUAAAAGAUUUAAGGUUAUGGUAUGAUGAAUCCAUUCCUGGAAUUCCUUCCUUAUAGGAACUGAGAUGGGGAGAAGAUGUUGCAAAUAGUUUAGAGGGAACUUACUUUUAUUUUCCUACAGCCUCAUUGCCUGACAUUCUCGAACUGCCUAAUUGUUGUUUUUUGUUUUUCUUUGUUUAUUGCUCUCACGUGCAAUUAACAGUUAUUUUUAAAUGCAAGGGAUGUGCAAAGUAGCUGUGCAUCAUUUUUAAGCACAAAAGGAGACUUAACUGUUUAACACUCUGAUUACUGUACGGGUUGAGGAUAGUCAAGCAAUGUAAUGAAAUUUGUGGUUGGUGAAUUCAAAAUUCAGCUUACGAUAGUUUUCUUACUUUAUACAUAUCAAAUUGGAAAAGUUUUAUACAUUAAAAUGAUUGUUUGUAAUGCUGCCAUUGCGUGCAGCAGCAGCAGAGCUCUGCCAAGUAUCCGGUUUGAAUCUGUUGUUCUAUUUUCAGGUUUGUUUUUUAAUGAUAAGCUCUUCUGUAAUUCUUCUGUAAAGUGGUCAGGUACAAGAGCGAUCAUCAGAAGUGCUUUCUUAAGACCACCACCCACUGGUCUAUCAGCUCACACUAAUUAGAUCUCAGCUCCUUUUCCACAAAACAUCUUGCAUUGUUUACUCAGAUGUCAAAACUGUAGACACUGAAUAAAGAUAAUGGUUGAUUAA